AUGGGUAUUGAUCCACUGCGGAGCGUAGCAAAGGAGAUGAAGUUUAUGACGGGAAACAUACAGCAGUUACUGGGCUCAGGACACCCCAUGCUGGAUACCGUGUCCAAAUACUAUACACAAUCCGAGGGCAAAUACGUGAGGCCCAUGCUUGUGCUGUUAAUGUCUCAAGCAACCGCUCUUCUCCCACGCAUGCCGCGAGGAGUGUCCAAGGAUGUGCAGAAUGGAAUUGACACGCCUAUUGCCCCUUCAGCUGUGCUCCAGGACGCAAAUCCCUCAUCUCCUCUCACAACUCGGACAGUGGAAAGCGCCGAUUUCGCAAACGACACUUCGAUUCUCCCAACGCAACGCCGACUGGCUGAAAUCACCGAACUCAUUCAUACCGCCUCUCUCCUCCACGACGACGUGAUUGACACGUCUGUCGCACGGCGAGGGAAUCCGUCUGCCAACAUUGCGUUUGGAAACAAGAUGGCGGUUUUGGCCGGGGAUUUUCUUCUGGGAAGAGCAUCCGUGGCAUUGGCAAGACUACGAGAUCCCGAGGUGACGGAGCUUCUUGCAACGGUCAUCGCGAACUUGGUAGAGGGAGAGUUCAUGCAGUUGAAGAACACUGCAUUAGAUGAGAAGAAGCCGGUGUGGAGUGAAGAGACAAUCACAUACUAUCUGCAAAAGACAUAUCUCAAAUCCGCGAGUCUGAUCAGCAAGUCAUGUCGGGCCGCUGCUAUUCUGGGCGAGCACCCUGCGGAGGUUGUAGAGGCGGCCUAUCAAUACGGCAAGAACCUUGGGUUGGCGUUUCAGUUGGUGGACGAUAUGCUGGAUUACACCGUGAGCGGACAAGAGCUUGGAAAGCCCGCAGGUGCGGACUUGGAGCUUGGGUUGGCGACUGCGCCCUUGUUGUUUGCAUGGAGGGAUAACCAGGAGCUUGGUGUGCUUGUUGGGCGGAAAUUCUCACAAGAGGGUGAUGUUGCCAAGGCACGAGAAUUCGUGAUCCAAAGCAAUGGCAUCGAGCAGACGCGUGCGCUCGCGCAGGACUACGUCGACAAGGCGGCGCGAGCGAUUGCAAGCUUUCCUGAAAGCGAAGCCAAAGUCGGGCUGAUUGACAUGUGUGCAAAAGUGAUGAGCAGGAGGAAAUAG